CAUGCCCGUUUAUACUCGUUGUUUCUCUGCUACAAUUGAAGUCGACACGGUCUUUUUGCCAUCAGUCCAGUCUUUGAUUUAAAAAGAAAAUGGCUGAAGUUGAAGAAACCCUGAAGAGAAUUCAGGGUCAGAAAGGCGUGCAGGGGAUCAUCAUUGUCAACGCAGAAGGAAUCCCUAUUAAGACCACCCUCGACAACUCCAGCACGGUGCAGUACGCAGGGCUCAUCCAUCAGCUGGUAAUGAAGGCACGGAGCACAGUCAGAGAUAUUGACCCCCAGAACGAUCUCACCUUUCUCAGGGUCCGCUCGAAGAAGAACGAGAUCAUGAUCGCCCCAGAUAAGGACUAUUUUCUCAUCGUCAUUCAGAACCCAACAGACUAAGAAGACUGCUUUUAUUUUGUGUGUGUGUUUUUUUUAAAUAUAUUUUUUAUUUAAUGGCCAAAUUGUAGUUCAUCAUAACAUACAGAAUGUUCUAAAAGCAUCAUAACUGUGUAUUCAGGAAAGACUUGAAACACUGUUUCUGGUGAAAAUGCAAAGGAUGGCUUGACCAUGUCCAAAAAUCUGUUUUAGGACAAAUAUGGCCAUGGAGCUAGAUAAACUUAAUUAACAUUCAUAAUUCCAGUGAUGUCCCUUAUUUGCUGAAUGCAAGGAAGGUUUUUUUUGAGGGAAGUGUUUCUUCACAUGUAGUGUUGAAUAAUUGUCAUGUAUAUUUAGUCACAGGAAGCAAUUCAUACAAAACAGUCAUUAAUGGACAGCAUAUCCACUCAAGAUUUCAGAUAAUAGUACUUAUUCCUAUUUACUUGAUUUAAAUGUAAUCUCCAUUUUUGGUUCGUCUCCUUGUGCUCUUACUUUGUGGUCUUCCACAGAUCUGUGCUUCUCUGAACAGAGAUGUCUGCUUUUCCCUUUGUCUGUAAUGGCGCAAUUGAAUGAACCGUAAUAUGAAAUUUAUGGAACUGAAUAAAAGAAGCCAACAAACUUGUGUUUUGACACCUUUCAGCAGUGUGGUA